UCCGUCUCCGCAGCCCCCGCCCCACCGAGAGUCGGGCUCACGCCAUCUUGCGCCCCCCUCCGCCCCAGUGCAGCCACCUUCUCCGUGUCGACACUCUGAGCCCCCCACCCCGCCCCUUUCCAAGCGUGUCCCGGGCCGCAGCAGCAGAAACCGCACCAUCUCUACCCCCACAGUCUCCACGCGGGACGCGCCGCCGUGCCUACAAGUGUUCUUAAAGCAGAGAUGAAUAAUACUGCAGCCAGCCCAAUGUCUGCUGCCGCUUCAAGUUCUGGAAGAAGUGUUGGGAAGUCUAUAAGCUUUGCAUCAGAAUUACAGAUUAUGAUGUUUUCUUUAGGUGAUGCUAGGAGGCCUCUUCAUGAGACAGCAGUUUUGAUAGAAGAUGUGGUACACACUCAGUUAAUCAAUCUGUUACAGCAAGCUGCUGAAGUUUCUCGGCUUCGGGGAGCAAGGGUAAUCUCUGAUGAAGAUCUUCUGUUUUUGAUGCGCAAAGAUAAGAAAAAACUUAGAAGACUGCUAAAAUACAUGUUUUUCCGAGACUACAAAUCAAAGAUUGUCAAAGGCAUAGACGAGGAUGAUCUCCUGGAAGACAAAUUGAGUGGCAGCAGUAAUACAAACAAAAGACAAAAAACUGCUCAAGACUUUCUCAACUCUAUUGACCAAACUGGAGAACUCUUGGCAAUGUUUGAAGAUGACGAAAUUGAUGAAGUUAAACAAGAAAGAAUGGAGAGAGCAGAAAGACAAACUCGAAUUAUGGAUUCAGCUCAAUAUGCAGAAUUCUGUGAAAGUCGGCAAUUAAGUUUCUACAAGAAAGCUUCCAAGUUUCGAGACUGGUUGGACUGCAGCAGCAUGGAGAUAAAACCCAGUGUUGUGGCUAUGGAAAUUUUAGCAUAUUUAGCGUAUGAAACUGUGGCACAGUUAGUGGAUCUGGCUCUUCUUGUGAGGCAGGACAUGGUAACCAAGGCAGGAGACCCCUUCAGCCAUGCCAUUUCUGCAACCUUCAUUCAGUACCACAACUCUGCUGAGGGGUCUUGCAUGAAGUCCUACCCCGACUCCCCUGAGAACACACCUCCUCCUACACCAACAGCUCCAUCAUCUGGAUCACAGCACUCAGGGAAAACCACAUCAGGAUCCCUAGGGAAUGGACAAGACUCAGCUAAAACCAAGCAAAAGAAAAGAAAAAAGAGCCCUGCGGCCUGUGGUGUUGAGGCCCACAGCGAUGCCAUCCAGCCCUGCCACAUCAGAGAGGCCGUUCGACGCUACGGCCACAAGAUUGGCCCCCUUUCCCCGUUCACAAGUGCCUACCGCAGGAAUGGGAUGGCUUUUCUAGCCUGCUGACGGGACUGUGACUGCAGCAACAGGAAAGCCAAUGUUAUAUUAAGGUUCUGGCCAUUAAGAAUAAGCUGCUAUGAACAUGGAUGGACAAAGCUCUGUGUGGACUUACGUGUUUAUUUGUAUUUGGUAAACACCAAGGAGUGGGAUUACUGGGUCGUAAGCAAGCGAAUAUUUAAUUUUAUAAGAAACAACUGAAGUAUUUUCUGAAGUGGCUGUACCAUUUGGCAUUCCCACCAGAAAUAUGAGAUUUCUAGUUGCUCCAUAUCUUUGCCAGUAUUUGGUAUGAUCCAUUCUGUUGUUUAUUUGUGCUGUUUUGUUUUAAUUUUAGCCAUCCUAAUAGGUGGAUAGAGGUAUCUGACCAUGGUUUUCCUUUGUGUUUCUCUGGUGACUAAUGAUAUAAAGUAUUUUUCAUGUGCUCAUUUGUCAUCUGUAUCUUUUCUUUGUUGAAGUGUUUGUUCAAACCUUUUGUCUAUUUCCAAGGAUUGGUUGGUUGUGUUCUCAGUGCACUGUAAGAGCUCUCCAUGUGCUCCAGACACAGAAGAGUGCUUUCACAUUUUCUCUGAGUCCGGGUCUUGACUUUUCUUUAAGUCAAGAAGUUGGAAGAGCUGAAAUUUUUAAUUUUGAAGGAGUCCAAUUUUUAAUCUUUUAUGGCUCCUAUUUUUUGUGUCUUUUCUUAGAAAUCUUGAUGUAACCCAAGUUCACCUCCAAUGUUUCUUCUUGACAUUUUAAAUGUUAACUUUUACUUUUAGGUCUUUGAUUCAUUUUGAGUUUAUUUUUGAAUAUAAUAUAAAUAUACACAAAAGUAUAUUUUGAGGUUCCCUUUUUUUUUCCCCUGCAUGUGAAUGUCCGACUGUUCCAACACCAAUUGUUGAGAAGACAAUCCCUUCUUCGUUGAAUUACCUUGACAUCUUUGUCUAAAAUCAAUUGACCAUGCAUAUGUGAUCCUAUUUUGUUCCCUUGAUCUGUAUGUUAAUCUUUAUGCCGGAACCUCACUGUCUGAACUGCUAAGUCAUGGCAUUGGGUCUUAUGAACCUUCAGCUUUUCUUUUUCAAAAAUCACUUUUUUUACUCUAGGUUCUUUGCGUCUAGGUUCUUUUCUAGAUUUUGCCCUGUUUCUACAAAACGCUGACCAGAAUUUUAACUGGAAUUGCUUUGAAUCUGCAGCUCAAUUUGGAGAGAAUUGAUACCUAUCUGUAUUUAGCCUUCUAAUCAAUGAACGUGAUAGCGUUCUUUAUUUACUUAGGUCUUUUCUAAUUUCCCUCAUUAAUUUUUAUAGUUUUCAGAAUAUACAUCUAGUACAUAUUUUGUUAGAUUUAUCCAUGGAUGCUUCACAUUUGAUGCUAUAAGAAAGAUUUAAAAAUUUUUUAAAUUUCCAGUUUGUUGCUAAUAUGUAGAAAUAAAAUCAAUUUUUGUAUAUGAACCUUUUAUCCUGCAACUUUGCUGAUCUCGCUUAUUAGCUGUAAUAGCU